AUUAACUCACUUAGCGUAACAAUGGUCGAAAUAGGUUUCGCAAAGAAAAUGGAACCACCGUUCGGAUUUUAUUUUCUUGCCAAAUGAACGCGGGAGCCUCAUUACGACCCCCUGGAACUGGAAGAAUAAUUUACCUUCUUAUCGAGUGGAGUGACAGUAUACCCCCAAAAUUGCCGGAGCCGAUUAGAGGAACGCCGGGAGCUUUCUCCAAGAGUAUCUUCAACAGCAAUUUUCCACAAGAGCAAGCCGACCGAUUAAUUGACAAAAUGCCUGUCAGGGUGGUGGAAAGCUCAGUCCCUUCUCAAGUUUCAGGCUGGAAAGUGUGCUUGGUUGUGCAGGGCCGAACUCCGGGCACCAUUCGCCGCAGAUUUCUUCCCUGUUGAGCGUCGGGCAGGCCUUUUCUGGAAGUCAGAAUGUUUCUAGUUUACAAAAACAAGAGGCUUGGAAAGUUAACGUCCGAAUUCAAGGAUGUGAUUUGGAUAGAGGUUAUCUAUGUGGCACUAUGGAAGCUCUUAAUGUUCCAAUGGCAGAUACACCAGUGGUAACUUUCUGGGAAGGGGAGAUUGUUGACAUCAAGAACUACACGUUCUUCACUGGGAAAUGGGAGGCAAUGCCAGAUGAUGAUAUAAAGCACUGGACCAAGUUUCCAUCUUUUGCGCCGUUUCAGAGUCAAGUUCAGGCUGAUGGCGGCAAAUCUCUGGAUUUGAGUAACUAUCCAUUCAUAUUCAUGAGAUGGAAGGAACAGUACUUUGUGAACGUCGGAACUGACUGUGGAUUAACCAUAGCUGGAUUUUACUAUGUAUGCUUCUCUUGCGCUGAUGUUACCAUCAAUGGCUUCUAUUAUGAUCCUAACAGCAGCCCGUUUCAGAAGCUGGAACUCAAAUCGGCAAACGAGGGGAAAACAGGCUUCAGUUUUUCGUCCUACGAGUUACACGAGGUCUUGCUCUGUAGCCCCACAACCUCAUCACCUACUGCUUGCUGCAACGAACCCAGUUGCGGAAAUGUUGGAAGUUGCAAGGAAGAGUGCCAGCAGUCUGUUGCCAUGUUCAUUGACAAGGAAGCCACUUACAUGCUGCCUCAACCAGCUGCCUAUCUCCACUGCCUUGGUCGCUCCACAAGCUUGUUGCUUGCACGACGCACGGCGAUUCAGUGGCUAAUCAAGUGGUGCAGUCGACUGAGUCUAUCUGUUUCAACAGUCUUCAGUGCUUCCAACUAUCUCGAUCGCUUCAUGUCUAUGCAUCGUAGCCUCGAAUGGGAAACAUGGAUGAUGGAACUAGUGACAGUAGCCUGUUUAUCUGUUGCUUCCAAGUUCAACGAGACUAAUGCACCUUCCUUGUACGAUUUCCAGAUGGAGGAGAUGAAUCAUUGCUUCCGACCAAUCACAAUCCAGCAGAUGGAACUGCUGCUCUUACAGUCACUCCAAUGGCGGCUUGCCUCCACCACUAGUUACUCUUACCUCGAACCGCUCCUCAUCAGCAUCGCUGAUUCGAGUUCUUCCUCGAAUCCGAUACACAAACUUGGGCAGGAAUUAUCAGCUACAGCCACCAGUUUCCUCCUCGAGGCUUUGCUUGAGUGCAAGUUUGUGGAGUAUCGACCAAGUUCAGUAGCCAUAUCAGCGGUUUGGUGCAGCGUACAAGAGUUGGCUUCAUCCAACCCACAUUACUCUGAUCUCGCUACUCGUAUCAUUCCUCGACUCACAGACCAUAGUAUUCACAAGGAUGAUGUGAUUAGAUGCCAUGAGCUGAUGGUGGAAAUGGAGAUGGAUUACAGCAGCAGCGGCAGCAGAUCGUCUCCUUGGAGUCCGGUGACUGUUCUAUGUACAGACCGUGGUGGUGUCAGUAGUAAAGAUGAUUCCCAUGUUGAUCUCUCUAUUUUUAAUGGGAAUCUGGGGAGCAGAUUGAAACUUGGAAACAAGAAGAAGAAGAGGAAAUGGGAAGAUAAUUAGUUAUUGGAGAAGCACACAAUACAUUCUGUUGAA